CGGGCAUUCGCAAAUGACUACCCGCCGUCGGAGUAUAUUCUGAGUGAACUUAAUGAAUGCGCCCUGUUCGAUUCCAACGCUAUCAAAACAGCACAGGACUCAAGUAAAGACGAAGCGGCAGUCGGUGGUAUGUAA